GUCAUUUUCAUUUUUUAUACAGGCUUGCCAUAACAAAGAUUCAGACUUUAUGAAAAAGCAAACACCAUCUAUUUAAAAAUUCCAAAAAUACAGGCUACUCUUUUUUCACUCACACACUACCUCAUCUACUUCAACUCUGUCACACCACUGAUUUUUUACUUUUAACACUCAUUCUUGCAGCUGAAAUGUUUGAUUUUUUGCCAGUUUCAGAGGUGCUCAUCAAGUACUUACCAGGUAAAAACUACAGAUUUAUACAUUUCAAGAACUCUUUUCGGGUUUUAGUUGUGAUUUUGUUGUUGGGGUUUGUUAAUCUUGGGUUUUGUGAUGAUUUUUCUGGUGUAUCAGUUCCCUUAGGAUUUAAAUUUUCUGGGGUUGAUUCAAGUAGUAGCUUAGUUUCUGAAAAUGGGGUUUUUGCAUUGGGGUUCUUUGAGAAAAUUGGGUCUGAUUCUGAUGGGCUUUUGGUAGGUAUUAGAUAUAAUCUAGGUACUAAAGCUGCUAAUGUUCCUAUAUGGACUGUAGGUGGAGGACUUAGAGUUUCUUUAAACUCUACAUUUAAGCUUGAUUUAGAUGGUAAGCUUGUUUUAAGUAAUGACCUUGAUGGAUUAGUUGUUUGGAGUAGUAAUACAUCUAAUUUAGGCAUUGAAAAAGCUAAUCUUUUGAACAAUGGGAAUUUAGUUCUUGUUGAUAGUAAGAAUAGAGUAGUGUGGGAAAGCUAUAAUAGCCCAACAAGCACUUUGGUUCCGGGCCAGUCUCUUCAUUUCCCUCAAAAUCUUAGAGCCCCUUCGGCAAAAUCUACUGUCAGUUACUAUAGUUUUGUAAUUAGGGAGUCUGGUGAACUGGCUCUUGUUUGGGAACACAAUGUUACUUAUUGGAGGAGUCAUUCGAGUUCCUCUGCUGCCGUUAAGGAAGCGAGGUUUGACAAUGAUGGUGUUUUGGGGUUGUAUGAUGAUGCAAACAAGAUGGUUUGGUCGACUUCGAGUAAAGAUUUUAGAGACCCUUCUGUCAGGUUGAGGCAUUUGAGGAUAGAUCAAGAUGGGAACUUGAGAAUGUAUUCGUGGGAUAGUUUUGUUCAGACUUGGAGAGUAGGAUGGCAAGCUGUUGAAAACCAGUGUACUGUAUUUGGUGCUUGUGGUCUAUAUAGUGUAUGUGGGUUCAAUUCAUCAGGACCUGUUUGUGAUUGCUUGUUUUCAGAUUCUAACGAAUGGGCAACUGGUGCUCCUGCAACUGAUUUUGGUAAUUCUGGGUGCAAAAAGAUGAUCGACUUGAGUAACUGCAAGAUGCGUACGAGCAUGUUAGUUAUGAAACAAACAGUACUUUAUGGUCUAUAUCCUCCACAUGAUGUCGAUUUGAUGUUGGGCCAAGAAGCUUGUAGAGCGUACUGCUCUAAUGACACUACAUGUAUCGCUGCAACUUCGAAGAAUGAUGGUUCAGGUCUAUGCACUGUGAAAAGGACUAGCUUUAUAAGUGGGUAUCAAACCCCAUCUGUGCCUUCCACUUCAUACUUGAAAGCGUGUUUUGUCCCCCAGGCAGUUUCAGCUCGAGGUGCUAACCCUCAUGAUGCAGGAUUAAUUUAUUUGUCACCUGGUAAACCUGGAGCUGAAAGAGGUAGCAGUAGAAAGUUUAUAGGAACUAUUGUCAUCAUAAUUUUGGGGACACUGUUGAUUAUCCUGGUCUUGCAGAUGUUUGCAUUUUGGUUUCUUCACAAGAGAAGGCAAAUGAAAGCUGGGAAACGGAUUCCUUUUGGGAAGGAUGAGCAGAUGAACCCACACUACAGUGCUCUUAUCAGACUAUCUUUUGAAGAGAUACAAGAGCUAACUUCAAAUUUUAAAAAUCAACUUGGUCCUUCAGUAUUUAAAGGUCAGCUCUCAAACAGAUCACUGGUGAUUGCCAAAGUGAUAAACAAUCCAGUUGUAUCAGAGAAAGAAUUCCGAGUAGCAGUUGCAAGCUUGGGAAGGACUCAUCACCGUAACCUCGUCUCUCUGACAGGUUUUUGCUUUGAGGCAAAGCACAAGAUCAUACUUUUUGAGUAUGUCCCAAAUGGCUCAUUGGACAACUUUUUAUUCAACGUUGAUCAUGACAAAAGUAAUACUGAUUGGCAGCAUAGGCUUGAUAUUGCUAUUGGAAUUGCUCGUGGCAUUGCUUAUCUACACUCUGAGUGUCAACAGUGUAUAGUUCACGGUGAUCUGAAACUGGAAAAUGUCUUGCUCGAUGAGAAGCUGGUCCCUAAGCUGACAAAUUUUGGACUUUUUAAACUAAAGGAAGGAGCCGCCACUUCAGAAUCGUCACCGGAGAGAGAUAUUUACAUGCUUGGGGAAAUAUUACUUCAGAUUGUGCUGUGCAAGAGGAAUGUAGCUGUUGGUCAACAAGUAUUUGAACAGUUGAAUAAAGAGAAGGAAUUAUAUGAAAUAGAGGACGCGAGAGGGGUAGAAAGAGUUGUUAGAAUAGCGUUGUGGUGUAUGCAAAGCCAACCAUUUCUGAGACCUUCCAUCGGCGAGGUUGUUAAGGUAUUGGAAGGUACCCUUUCUGUAGACAGCCCUUCAUCAGCUUUGAUAUUUAGACGUCAGAGCACGAUGGAAGAGGAAGCAGUAGAAAAGAUAGAGAUUGAAGCAUAGUGUACUGUCGUUCAAACGAGGCUUGAAAUUCAGUGGCAGUUGUAGCCAAUAUUUUCCUUGCUCUCUAUUUCAACCUCCGCAAAAUAGUUAGGAUUGUAGUUAAUGUUGGAGUUGUAUUAAUUAAUGUAAGAGCAGAACAACAUGAUUUUCAAGAUUCGCAUGGCUCCAACUAUUUUUAGUAGCCAUGCAUCAUCAAUUGAAUUUUAAGGUUGUUUAUCAUAUUUCCAUCCGUUGUACUGAAACUUUUGACAAAGUUAUUGUGAACAGCAAAGGUCCUUGUUUUCGGGUUCAA